AUGCAAACGACGCCUCCAUAUAAUAGUGAUCCCGAAUCGAGCGCUUGGUCACAAGUGAGGGGACAACGAGCCCAUGACGGAUUGGACGCCGAGUCGGAUCACGAGACGGAUCGCCCUUAUACAAUGGAUCGGACGAAAUUGAGGAAGCCGCCGGAAACGCCAAGCAUUUCACCGCAUGACUCGCAAGAUAAAAGCCUCUCUGAGACGAAAGAAUCAAAAUCGCUUGUUGAAAAUGAGGAACUUCGCGACAAAUACAUUGCGACAUUCAAAGAGUUAGCGCGACAAUCGCAAAUGACAAAUCUCGACGAGCAAACCGAAGAGUUUGGCAGCCUUCCGCUGGAUCCAACCGACGCCGAAUGCAAAGCGUUUCGUGAUCCGGCGAACAAGAAGAAGAACCGAUAUGAGAAUAUUCGAUGCCUAGAUAAGUCACGAGUGAAGCUAACGUUUUUAGCAAAAAACGAGCCGGGCAGUGAUUAUAUCCACGCGAAUUAUGUGGGAAGUCGCUAUCUCAAACAUCGAUAUAUUUUGACGCAGGGACCCAAAAAAUCGACGAUUAUCGAUUUCUGGCGAAUGGUUUGGCAGGAGAAAACCACGGUGAUCAUAAUGCUGUGCAAUUUCAUUGAGCACAAUCGCGAAAAAUGCGCCGAAUAUUUUCCGCGCAAUCACAACUCGCCGAUGCGUCUCGACAAACUCUCGCUGUCAUUCGAAGACUCGACAAUCGACAAAAGUGUGGUGACGACGAAACUUCGCCUCGAGUAUCGCGGCGAGCAUCGAUUCAUAACGCAUUUGCAAUGGAUCGAAUGGCCCGACUAUCAGGUGCCCGGCUCGUCGGAAACCAUGCUGCGAUUGUUGAGGAAAAUUCGAGAGAAACGAACACCGCCAAUUGUUCAUUGCGCUGCCGGCGUGGGCAGGUCGGGCACACUCAUCGCCAUCGAGAUAUCUCUAAUGGCGAUCAACAACUUUUUUGUAGUUCCCAAUAUCAAACAGAUAGUGACAAGCUUGCGAAUAAAUGGACGAUGUAGUGCCGUGCAAACGCUGCAGCAAUACAUGCUCAUUCGAAAAGUGGUUCUCGAUUACGGCGCCAUGAAUCGAUUCAUCAGCGCCGAGCAUUUUCGUGCGUUCACCAACGCCUACAAUCGAGCGGUGAAAAUGCAAGUGUCAAUGUGA